GCAACCACUUCAAAAAAAGAAAUAUACUCCCAUUUUAUUUCGGUGUUAUUCCUCUUCCUCUCUACAUGAUGGAUACAUUCUCUUGUAACUCAUAUGAACAAAACCAAACAUAUGAUGAUGAUAUUGAGAUUGAUGCUCAUGAUCAUGAGCAUGGUGGUGGUGAUCAUCAAGAAGAGAGUGGAUGGACAACUUAUCUUGACGAUUUCUCAAAUCAAUACAGAACUACUCAGCAUCAUGAUGAAGACAAGAGUUCUUGCUCGCUCUCUGGUGUCUCUCCUUCUCUUGUCUCUGAUGCUGCCACGGAUGCUUUCUCCGGCAAGAGCUAUCCGGUUAAUUUUCCGGGGAAAUUGAAGUUUGGGAGAGCAAGAACCAAAAAGAUUUGUGAGGAUGAUUCUUUGGAGGAUACGGCUAGCUCUCCGGUCAACAGCCCUAAGGUCAGUCAGUUUGAACAUAUUCAGACGCCUCCUAGAAAACUUGAGGACUAUGUCUCUUCUAGUUUCGUUAUGGGAAACAUUAGAGGCAUGGGGGAUCAUCAUCAUCAUCAAAUCCAAAUACAAGAAGGUGAACAAAACAUGACGAUGAUGAGAAAUCUCAGAGAAGGAAACAACAACAAUAACAUGGAUUUGAGGAGUAGAGGAUUAUGCGUCGUCCCUAUAUCAAUGUUGGCUAAUUUCAACGGUCGCUUCUGAAUGAUAAUACAAUUCUAUAAGCAUCGUUAAUUAAUAAUUUUAUAAACCCUUGUAAAUUUAAUGGGAUUUAUAUAUAUAUAUAUUCGUACCCAUCUUAUAUGUAUAUAUGUGCUUGAUGUGUGUAUAUAUAUGUACAUCUUGAUGGGUAUGUGCUUAAUUACAUAUGUAUAGCUUUUAUGUACAUAUAUCUUUACACAUAUAUAUUUGUAAACAUUUCUAAGAGCUACCAUAUAUAUCAUACAGCUUAUGUGAGGUUUUGCAAAUUA